AUGGCAAAGAUCUUCCUGACCGGAGCCACAGGCUACAUUGGCGGCACUGUCCUAUCGCUGUUGACCAAGUCGCACCCUGAAUAUGCCAUCAGAGCACUGGUGCGCGACAGCGCAAAGGGCAAGAUUAUUACCGGCACAUUUAAGGACGUAGAAGUUGUUGAGGGAGACUUGGACAGCGCCGAUAUUUUAGCUCGCGAAGCUUCUAACGCUGAUGUUAUCCUUCACCUGGCCUCAACUGGCCACCUCAAGAGCGUCGAGACUAUUCACAAGGCCCUUGCCUCUAGCCAGAAGCCAUCACACUGGGUCCAAGUUUCUGGUGCUAGCGCUCUCGCCGCGGCCGAGCUGGCAGACAAGAACCGCGCCCCCGGCGACGGAAGCGACCUCGUCUUCAACGAUCUCACUGGCAUCACCGACAUCCGCUCCAUCAUCCAGCGCCACCCGAGUCGCGCCGUUGACAACUACAUUCUCAAGGUCGCGGCCGAAGAAUCGAAGAUCAACACUGCGCUGGUCUUCCCGCCUAUCAUUUACGGCCAAGGCCUCGGUCCUGGCAACAAGCGCAGCGUCCAAGUCCCUGCGCUGGCCAAGACAACACUGGAGCGCAAGCGAGGCAUUCAGGUCGGCAAGGGCCUGAGCCGCUGGGGCAAUGUUCACGUUGAGGAUGUCAGCCAGCUGUUUGUGAAGUUGGUUGAGAAGGCUGUUGAGGGCAAGGCCGAUGCGCAGGUCUGGAAUGAGAAUGGCCUGUAUCUCACUGGUUUGGGCGAGAUUUCUUUUGGCGAGAUCUCGAAGCUUGUCGCUACGGCCGCCGCGAAGAAGGGACUCAUCCCCUCAGACGAUGUCGAGGUCCUCAACCCCGAAGACGCAAACACUCUGCUCCCUCACGGAGCUGUACUCUUCGGAACCAAUGCGCGUAGCGAGGCGAUCAGGGGCAAGGAGUUGCUCGGGUGGGCGCCUGCGGGCGAGAGUCUGCUAGACGAAAUUCCUAAGGCGGUUGAGCGCGAGGCCUAG